UUUGUUGUCUCUCCAACAGAAAACACAGCAUGCAGUGAUAAAGCCUCAGGCACUCCAUCCUCUGAGACACAAGAGGAGUUUGUUUAUGACUUCCAAGUUGGGGAGCGAGUUUGGGUGAACGGGAAUAAGCCUGGGUUUAUCCAGUUCCUGGGAGAAACCCAGUUUGCACCAGGCCAGUGGGCCGGGAUCAUUUUGGAUGAACCCACCGGCAGGAACGACGGCUCGGUGGCAGGAGCUCGGUACUUCCGGUGUGAGCCUCUGAAGGGCAUAUUCACCCGGCCAUCAAAGCUGACGAGGGAGGCGCGGGCCGGGGCUGAAGCUGACGGCCCGCAGACGACUCCCGCUGCCAGGGCCCCUUCGCCUCCGUCCACUUCGGCAGUCAGCAUGGCGUCCUUGUCCCCAGCCACCCCCUCACAUAUUCCCCGCAGAUUGUCCCCCUCACAUAUUCCCCGCAGAUUGUCCCAACCAACUGCAAAGGAACCUUCAGCUACAACUUUACGAAAACUGCCCGCAGAGGCCGGCUCAAUCAACAAAGGAGAGAGAGGACUCAAAAUCAGAGACCGGGUAUUGGUGAGUGUAGAAACCUUCCGAGGUCAUUGUGUUGACUUGAGAGAUAAUCACUGGCGAGGGGAUGAAAUACACAAGUGUGGGCUCAUCAUCUGUUCUGUUCACUCGUUUCUAGAGAAAUUAAUCAGGUUUUCUGGUUCCGUUUCUGUGAAUAUGCAACAGAUUAGAAACUGGCUAUGUAGUUUGUACAUAGGAUAAGCAUAGGUUUGCAGUGAUCAACCUAGUUUUGUCUUCCAGUUUAGCUAAAAGAAUAUUGAAUUUUUAGUUUGUAAAUAUUAAGAUAGCUUUAUUUGACGAAACAAGCUGAGAGGUGGACUGAGAUGUUUUUUAACAAAGGGUUUUUUUUUCCUCUCUGGUUUUUAAUUUUUGCUUUCGGAAUAGUAUGUGGAUAAAUAUGAGAUCCUGUCUCCUUGAGUGUCUUGGAAAACUCAGACAUCACAGGAUGUUAUUUCAGAACUUCUGUGCCUUAUAAACUAUCAGGUUUAGGUCCAGUAAAAGGAAGGAGAUGUACACUAGGUUCUGUUGUGCUAUAAAAGCAGGAAACACAAUGUGUACAGUCUGUAUGCUGUACAUUUGAGUAUCCCCGAAUUUGACAGGAUAAUUGGUUUAUUCUUUUUUUGUUUGUUUUACAUAAGAGGCAGUAUAGCAGUGCUAAAAACACAAGGUGAGUCUAACUCUGCCUUUAUGACCUGAGCAAGUUAUUUAACUUCUUAGUUUUCUUGUCUGUGAAAACAAGGUUGAA